ACAAAAGUAACAUAAUAAAUGUAAACAAUUUAGAUAUUUUUGUGUUUAAAAAAUAUAAUUAUAGUCAGUGUAUAAUGGCAUUAUUUUAACCACGGCAAACCAGCCUUGUUAUGAACACAUUUGUUUAUUUUCAAGAUAAUUUGAUUAUAGCCAACUUACUGGUUUCACGUAACUAAUAUUUGGCUGUGGUGUGCAUUGUUUAGUCAAAGAAAAAAUUUAAUUAUUUUUACUUUCUGUGGCCUUUAGUAAAUAAAGCCUGAUUUACUAAAUAAAGCCUGAAUUACUAAGUUCUUUUUGGCGUAGUAUAGUUCUCAUACUAGAAUUCAUAGGAAAUCUAGAAACCCUCUUAGGGGGCCUCUUUAAUAAUAAGUUGAUAUGCUUGGGCACAUGCUUAUUUAUUACUGCAUUGUAGAGCUGCUUUCUGAGGUUUCUCUUUCACAGGAAAGUAGUUAAAUAAAUAAACAUUACAGAGGAUAUUUGCUACUCCUUGUGACCCAGUAAAUAGUUCUCCUGGUGACAACUUUGAAAAUAUAUGAUCAACAAUUUCAUGCUUUGGGGCCAUAAACAAAAUAAGCAAAAAAGAUGUUUUAGAUCCUAGAAGAGUUUGUUGGAACAUUCCACUGACAGGUAAACUAAAGACCAGAGUAAAUAUGGCUCCAGGUAGCAAGUGAACAGCCAGACCAGGGGCAAGGCCAGUGUUUGCUUGUAGGGGUUAGAAUGCUAUACAGCAGUGAAAAUAGUGUCCAUGUCUAUUGCAAAAUAGAACAAUGCCAUAAACGUGUAGGCAUCAUCUCUUCUACCUUGGGAGCCUCUUGCAAAGUGGCAUUAUAGGCAUGUCUCUUUCAGAUGGGGAAAUUCCUUGAAAUAGUUUGUGGGAUUCUUUUUUGGCUUCACAGUAAUUGGUUGAAGCAGUUCUUUAAAUUGGUCCUUUUCACAUGGAGUGCACUUUGCCAUUAAAAGGAAUCCAUGUGUCUCAUGAAAAUGUGUGAUAUCUUCUGUAAGUAUGUGUGUUGAUGGGUAUUUGAAAUUAGCCUGGAAUUUAGGAGUUUUAGGGUUUUUUCCAUCUACUUUUAAAUUCUUGGACAUAGAUGGCUACAAUUGGGUAAUUUAUCAAUAAUCAAAAAGGCUAAAAUAUAAUUAACACAUUUGGGAUAUAACUCCCCUCAAAAACCUUCAUACUUUCUUUGUAAAAGUUUUGCUGAAGAAGUAUGUAUUUAUCAUAUGAGGAGAUUGUUAUGGGUAUAAGUGGAAGAGAUAGAAUUAAGUUUGGAAGGUAAUAAUUAGGGAAGGCUCUGGUUUUAUUUCAAUGUUUACAUCUAUUUCUCAGGCCUAAAGCCUUUUGUCCCAUUGUCAAAGAAUAGCUCAGGUUCAGUAUUUUAUUCCACGAGACCAAGAGAGAAGAUGCUAGUUGUGGAGUUAACUGCUUAAGCUUAAGAAAGUGACAUAGCACUCUGCAGAGAACUAAGAAUGUAUCUUGAGGUACUACAUCUGGGUUCAAACAUAACCACAAAAUACAGUGGGAUUCACAGUCUUUUAAGACCAUGCCAGUGAAGUCAUUCUGAGUCAUGACUUCAUGGAUAGAGGAUUCUAAUCAACUGCUGAAGUCCACGGAGAACUAAAUGAAGGAAAGAGGCCUGAGAUCUAGUAGGAGGGAAUUUUGAAGAGCCAUCAGUAUCUUUAUAUAGACUUUCCAUCCCCUGGGAUCUGUAUGGUCAAAUCACCAGAAAGACUUCCAUGGUCACCUUCCUGGAGACCUGGCUAUAAGCCAAGCAACUUCUUCAAUCUCUUGCCAGGUCUCUAGUCUGUGAGUCAAAGAAUACCAUACUUAUGCGAGAUGCUUUGAGAUAGUGGGUGCUCUGUGAAUUUCAGGUAAUGUUUUGUUUUUUUCUCACCAGGAGCAUCAUGCUUUCAGCAUGUUUGUUAAUGGUGAAGAUUUUAUUUUUAAAAAAUCAUGACAGUAAAUUCACACAUUGCCAAAUAACAAUUGUCUGCUAUCUGAUUCUAUCAGAUAAACUUUAUACCUUUUCUGGAAUAUAUGAGUUAGAAAACUUAAGAUAUCAGAUUCAGCUGACUCAAGUACCUGAUAUACCAGGCAGUAUUAGGAAACAGAAGGGAUUGUGAUGAUGACUGAAGUUAUUACUGGCACUUGAACUGAAUUUGUCUUAAAAUAUCAGUUUACUUUGAUAUAUGCUACAAAGACCUUAACCAUGUUACUGUCUGAUGCUUUUGUGAAAUGAAAGUGCCAAUACAGAAUGAACUGUUUUGAUAAGCUCCCUCACAAUUUUAGAUUAUAAAGUUAAUCUCUAAGAACUAAUAAGCAAUGAUUCCAUUUUUCUGAUUUUAUUUUUAUGAGCCACAGUUUUAUAUCCCACUGCUUAUCUGAUUUGAAAAUGGUUGUAAUAUUUGGAGAAAGUUAAUAUUGAGUCAUGCCAAAACCUUAAUAAACUUAGUCUUGAACUAAUAUUUCAGGCUCAUGAGGGAUUUCUGUAUGCUAAGAUAGAUUUUAAUAUUACAGAAAUGCAAUAGUGACCUUUCCAUAAAACCUUAAUAAAAUUACUUUGUGAUAUAAACUGCAGAAGAGAUGGGAACUUUCUUGAAAGAGAGUAUCCAUGAUUUAUCUGCAUUUCAUGGUUUAAUCUUAUAUCUCAUUUCUUCAGAUCUCGUUUUUUUCUUUCCCUUAAGGCAUACAACAGUAAUUUCCAUAUUUUUAAACUAGACAACAGAUAGAAUUUUCAAAGGCAUGUUUUCCCUUUGCACCAGUGAGACUGGGUUUUGGACUGGCAGUUCAAGGCUGUGGUUCUAUUGCAGCUCCACCGGCAGGAUUGUGGCAUCUUGCCCAGCUUACCUAAGGUUUCUUGGCAUCUGUUCCCAUUCUAUUACAGGAAGAGCUCAUAUUAAGUCUGAAAUCCCUAGGAUUGUCUUUGAUCAACUAUUGCUUAAAUGUUAUAACUUUCAUAUUCUUCAACAUCCCUCUAUUUUGUUGAUAUGGUUCUUAAUAUGGUGGCACAGAAAUGUGUAAAAUACUCUAAGCUGUGUUAGGAUCUAAAAGUUCAUUAAUAUUGUUAUAUCCCUUGAUCCGUGACCUUCCUAACACUGCAUUAAGGUUUCAACAAGUACCUCAUCACCAUUGGCUCAUUAAGGUUGGAGUUCACCAAAAGCUCAGAUGUCUUUCACAUAAAAAAGCCAUUUUACUUUGUCCUGUAGUUGAUUUUUUUUUUUUUUUAACUUCUCCGAUCUUUGCAUUGCUCACUUCUCCAACAAUCUUGGUAAUUUGGCUUAUUCUUCAAAGCAGUCCUUUUGUAGCAGUGAGCACAGCUCAGGACAUAUUUGGACAUCUGGAAUACUGGAGGGAGCACUGAUGGAGUUGUCUUAGGAGGCUGCUGAAAACGAGGGAGGGGAGUUUUGGAAGGGAGAGGAGAGGAGUGAUAUCACAGGAUUGCCCUGGGAGGGAGAAUACUGAGAGCCAAAAAGGAUAAAGGACAGAGGAGGUGGAGGGACUGCCACAUGUGGAAAGAGGAUCACGCUGAACGUCUUGAAUAUAAUCAUGGCCAAACCUUAUGAAUUUAACUGGCAGAAGGAAGUUCCUUCCUUUUUGCAAGAAGGAGCAGUUUUUGACAGAUAUGAAGAGGAAUCCUUUGUGUUUGAACCCAACUGCCUCUUCAAAGUGGAUGAGUUUGGCUUCUUUCUGACCUGGAAAAGUGAAGGCAAGGAAGGACAGGUGCUAGAAUGCUCCCUCAUCAACAGUAUUCGGUCGGGAGCCACACCAAAGGAUCCCAAAAUCUUGGCUGCUCUUGAAGCUGUUGGAAAAUCAGAAAAUGAUCUGGAAGGGCGGAUAGUUUGUGUCUGCAGUGGCACAGAUCUAGUGAACAUUAGCUUUACCUACAUGGUGGCUGAAAAUCCAGAAGUAACUAAGCAAUGGGUAGAAGGCCUGAGAUCAAUCAUACACAACUUCAGGGCCAACAAUGUCAGUCCAAUGACGUGCCUCAAAAAACACUGGAUGAAAUUGGCAUUUAUGACCAACACAAAUGGUAAAAUUCCGGUUAGGAGUAUUACUAGAACCUUUGCAUCGGGAAAAACAGAAAAAGUGAUCUUUCAAGCACUCAAGGAGUUAGGUCUUCCCAGUGGAAAGAAUGAUGAAAUUGAGCCCACGGCAUUUACUUAUGAAAAGUUCUAUGAACUGACACAAAAGAUAUGUCCUCGGACAGAUAUAGAAGAUCUUUUCAAAAAAAUCAAUGGAGACAAAACUGAUUAUUUAACGGUAGACCAAUUAGUGAGCUUUCUAAAUGAACACCAACGAGAUCCUCGAUUGAAUGAAAUUUUAUUUCCAUUUUAUGAUGCCAAAAGGGCAAUGCAGAUCAUUGAGAUGUAUGAGCCUGAUGAAGAUUUGAAGAAAAAAGGCCUUAUAUCAAGUGAUGGGUUUUGCAGAUAUCUGAUGUCAGAUGAAAAUGCCCCAGUCUUCCUAGAUCGUUUAGAACUUUACCAAGAAAUGGACCACCCUCUGGCUCACUACUUCAUCAGUUCUUCCCAUAACACUUAUCUCACUGGCAGACAGUUCGGCGGGAAGUCUUCAGUAGAAAUGUACAGACAGGUUCUCCUGGCUGGUUGCAGAUGUGUUGAACUUGACUGCUGGGAUGGAAAAGGUGAAGACCAAGAACCAAUAAUAACUCAUGGAAAAGCAAUGUGUACAGAUAUCCUUUUUAAGGAUGUAAUUCAAGCCAUCAAGGAAACUGCGUUUGUCACUUCAGAAUAUCCUGUAAUUCUCUCCUUUGAAAAUCACUGCAGCAAAUAUCAACAGUACAAGAUGUCCAAAUAUUGCGAAGAUCUAUUUGGGGAUCUCCUGCUGAAACAAGCACUUGAAUCACAUCCACUCGAACCAGGCAGGCCUUUGCCAUCCCCCAAUGACCUCAAAAGAAAAAUACUCAUAAAAAACAAGCGGCUGAAACCUGAAGUUGAAAAAAAACAGCUGGAAGCUUUGAGAAGCAUGAUGGAAGCUGGGGAAGCUGCCUCCCCAGCAAACAUCUUAGAGGAUGAUAAUGAAGAGGAGAUCGAAAGUGCUGACCAAGAAGAGGAAGCUCACCCCGAAUUCAAAUUUGGAAAUGAACUUUCUGCUGAUGACUUGGGUCACAAGGAAGCUGUUGCAAACAGCGUCAAGAAGGCCUCAGAUGACCUUGAACAUGAAAACAACAAAAAGGGCGUGGUCACUGUAGAAGAUGAGCAGGCGUGGAUGGCAUCUUAUAAAUAUGUAGGUGCUACCACUAAUAUCCAUCCAUAUUUGUCCACAAUGAUCAACUACGCCCAGCCUGUAAAGUUUCAAGGUUUCAAUGUGGCAGAAGAACGCAAUAUUCAUUACAACAUGUCUUCUUUUAAUGAAUCAGUCGGUCUUGGCUACUUGAAGACACACGCAAUUGAAUUUGUCAAUUAUAACAAACGGCAAAUGAGUCGCAUUUACCCCAAGGGAGGCCGAGUCGAUUCCAGUAAUUACAUGCCUCAGAUUUUCUGGAACGCUGGCUGCCAGAUGGUUUCACUGAACUAUCAAACCCCAGAUUUGGCGAUGCAAUUGAAUCAGGGAAAAUUUGAGUAUAAUGGAUCAUGCGGGUACCUUCUCAAACCAGACUUCAUGAGGCGGCCUGAUCGAACAUUUGAUCCCUUCUCUGAAACUCCUGUUGAUGGCGUUAUUGCAGCCACUUGCUCAGUGCAGGUUAUAUCAGGUCAAUUCUUAUCAGAUAAGAAAAUUGGCACCUACGUAGAAGUGGAUAUGUAUGGGUUGCCCACUGACACCAUACGUAAGGAAUUCCGAACUCGCAUGGUUAUGAAUAAUGGACUCAAUCCAGUUUACAAUGAAGAGUCAUUUGUAUUUCGGAAGGUGAUCCUGCCAGACCUGGCUGUCUUGAGAAUAGCAGUGUAUGAUGAUAACAACAAGCUGAUUGGCCAGAGGAUCCUCCCGCUUGAUGGCCUCCAAGCCGGAUAUCGACACAUUUCCCUUCGAAAUGAGGGAAAUAAACCAUUAUCACUGCCAACAAUUUUCUGCAAUAUUGUUCUUAAAACAUAUGUGCCUGAUGGAUUUGGAGAUAUUGUGGAUGCUUUAUCAGAUCCAAAGAAAUUUCUCUCAAUUACGGAAAAGAGAGCAGACCAAAUGAGAGCUAUGGGCAUUGAAACCAGUGACAUAGCCGAUGUGCCCAGUGACACUUCCAAAAAUGACAAGAAAGGAAAGGCCAACACCGCCAAAGCAAAUGUGACCCCUCAGAGUAGCUCCGAGCUCAGACCAACCACCACAGCUGCCCUGGCCUCUGGUGUGGAAGCCAAGAAAGGUAUAGAACUUAUCCCUCAAAUAAGGAUAGAAGAUUUAAAGCAGAUGAAGGCUUACUUGAAGCAUUUAAAGAAACAGCAGAAGGAGCUAAAUUCUUUAAAGAAGAAACAUGCAAAGGAGCACAGUACCAUGCAGAAGUUACACUGCACACAAGUUGACAAAAUUGUGGCACAGUAUGACAAAGAGAAGUCCACUCACGAGAAAAUCCUAGAGAAGGCAAUGAAGAAAAAGGGGGGAAGUAAUUGUCUCGAAAUGAAAAAAGAAACAGAAAUUAAAAUUCAGACACUGACAUCAGAUCACAAAUCUAAGGUCAAAGAGAUUGUAGCACAGCACACAAAGGAAUGGUCAGAAAUGAUCAAUACUCACAGUGCUGAGGAGCAAGAAAUCCGAGACCUGCAUCUCAGCCAGCAGUGCGAGCUGCUCAAGAAGCUACUCAUCAACGCCCACGAGCAGCAGACCCAGCAGCUGAAACUGUCCCAUGACAGGGAAAGCAAGGAAAUGCGAGCACACCAGGCUAAGAUUUCUAUGGAAAAUAGCAAAGCCAUCAGCCAAGAUAAAUCUAUCAAGAAUAAAGCAGAACGGGAAAGGCGAGUCAGGGAGUUAAACAGCAGCAACACUAAAAAGUUUCUGGAAGAAAGAAAGAGACUCGCAAUGAAGCAGUCCAAAGAGAUGGAUCAGUUGAAAAAAGUCCAGCUUGAACAUCUAGAAUUCCUAGAGAAACAGAAUGAGCAGCUUUUGAAAUCCUGUCAUGCAGUGUCCCAAACGCAAGGCGAAGGAGAUGCAGCAGAUGGUGAAAUUGGAAGCCGAGAUGGACCGCAGACCAGCAACAGUAGUAUGAAACUCCAAAAUGCAAACUGAAGCAGCAAACCCAAAAGCAUCAAAAGAUUCACUCACAAACUUCUGAACACAAACUCCAUGGAUGAAAGCUGUUUUUUUUUUGUUUGUUUGUUUCCUUUAUGUGUAAACAAGAUGAUAUCUGAAACCACAGAGACUUGGAAUGUCUGACUGACUUCUGUUUAACAGCUUGAGUAUUGCAUUUCCUUGGCCAAGCAAAAGUAGCUACAAAUCCACAAAAAUUUACUAUUUCAGUAAGGCAGAGUUUAACCAUUGAUAAUACAACUUAAACAUGUGUGCUAUAAAAUACCAUCACAAGUAAAAGAGCUUGGUGUUAACAACUCUGCUUUGUGAUGCCUUAGGACAUGUUUGAGCUGCAACAAAAAACAAUAACAAAAAUCAGUGCAUUAGCAAUUUCAUAGCAAGUGCAUGCACUAGGAAAGGAAAACCCUGUCUACAAAUUUAUUAGCAGAAGUGGUGGUCUGCUAGACAAAUAAUUUUGCAAAAUUUUUCUACAUCUAAGUUACCUCAUCAGUAAGUGCCAUGUCUCUAUCAUGCCAUAAGAGGCUAUUUUCCUGUAAAAGUUAUGGAAAUUAUUAGAACAAUAGAAAAACAAAGCAGUGUACGUGUGCCAAAGCUCAUCAUUACUCAGAGAAGAACUCUUGUUAGGCACAUUUAAGAAAGUUUACAUCUGACAUUGCUUUAUAGGAAUUGCUUCUGCAAAUUCCAGUUAUUACAAUUCACACCAUAAAGAUUAUGAAGUGGUUAUUGGCAAACAUUUGUAAAUGUGACCAUGUAUAAAGUAUUUAUACUCUUUAAUUCACACCAUUAGGGAGCAAAAUCAUCUAAGUAUUGCCACAUGACAAGAUUAGUAAACAGGAAUACUAGAACUAUGUUUGCAUGAUACACAAGCACCAGUAAUGUCUAAUCCAUACAGACACAGUUAGCCUGAUGCCAAAUAAAUACUGGUUAAAUAAAUGUAUGGCACAGAAUAUAAUUUGACUAUCAAGACCUUAGCAUAAUGAAAAAAUCUAUAUAUAUAUGUGUAUAUGAAUUAUGUGGGCAUUCUUGAUACUUCAAGUUCUAGUUUGAAAAAAAAAUACAUAACUAAUUUAAUUUUACACAAAAAUAUUUAUGCAGAUUUUCAGAAUUUCAUAUCAGGAAAUGACCUUUUUAUGUCUGUUAAAUAUCAAAACAAUUUGCUACAGUGUUAAUCUGCAUGGUCUUUAAGCCUGCUGUAGUUGAGUUGCAGACAGUGCAUGAAAAAGUAUUCCGCUGGGAAUUGAGCCAUGCCACCAAAGCCAAGAGGAGCGCAUGGAACCCGGUAGUCUAGAACUAAUCAGAUUACUGAUUUUAGGGCACAGCACCAAAUGAACUGUUGUAUAUGCUUGUACAAAUCGAUUCUGUGUGUUCCUCUGAACAAAGUGGAGAAAAUGAUGAUACCAUCGAUACUGAAAUUAAACUUCCAACUUCUCUAAUAAAAUAUUAAAACACACA